AUGAGUCAUCUUCCAGGAGUAUUGUUCUUCUGGAAAGAUCCGGAAAGACCAAUUGAUAUGAUACUUCUCCAGUCAGAUCAGUCCAAGAGUUUUGGUCGAUUUCCAGCACAGAGAACACCUGGACAAUUUCAUGUACAAGGAAGACCAGUGCAAUUUCCUGCGCAAGGAACACCUGGGCGAUUUCCAGCACAAGAACCAUCAAGGCGAUUCCGUGCACAAGGAACACAUGGGCGAUUCCAUGUACAAGGAACACCAGGGAGAUUUCCUUCUCAAGGAACACUUGGGCGAUUCCAUGUACAAGGAACACCAGGGAGAUUUCCUGCGCAAGGAACACUUGGGCGAUUCCAUGUACAAGGAACACCAGGGAGUUUUCCUUCUCAAGGAACACUUGGGCGAUUCCAUGUACUAGGAACACCAGGGUGUUUUCCUUCUCAAGGAACACUUGGGCGAUUCCAUGUACUAAGAACACCAGGGUGUUUUCCUUCUCAAGGAACACUUGGGCGAUUCCAUGUACAAGGAACACCAGGGAGAUUUCCUGCGCAAGGAACACUUGGGCGAUUCCAUGUACAAGGAACACCAGGGAGAUUUCCUUCUCAAGGAACACUUGGGCGAUUCCAUGUACAAGGAACACCAGGGAGAUUUCCUUCUCAAGGAACACUUGGGCGAUUCCAUGUACAAGGAACACCAGGGAGAUUUCCUGCGCAAGGAACACUUGGGCGAUUCCAUGUACUAGGAACACCAGGGUGUUUUCCUUCUCAAGGAACACUUGGGCGAUUCCAUGUACUAGGAACACCAGGGUGUUUUCCUUCUCAAGGAACACUUGGGCGAUUCCAUGUACAAGGAACACCAGGGAGAUUUCCUGCGCAAGGAACACUUGGGCGAUUCCAUGUACAAGGAACACCAGGGAGAUUUCCUUCUCAAGGAACACUUGGGCGAUUCCAUGUACAAGGAACACCAGGGAGAUUUCCUGCGCAAGGAACACUUGGGCGAUUCCAUGUACAAGGAACACCAGGGCGUUUUCCUGCGCAAGGAACACUUGGGCGAUUCCAUGUACAAGGAACACCAGGGAGAUUUCCUGCGCAAGGAACACUUGGGCGAUUCCAUGUACUAGGAACACCAGGGUGUUUUCCUUCUCAAGGAACACUUGGGCGAUUCCAUGUACUAGGAACACCAGGGUGUUUUCCUUCUCAAGGAACACUUGGGCGAUUCCAUGUACUAGGAACACCAGGGUGUUUUCCUUCUCAAGGAACACUUGGGCGAUUCCAUGUACAAGGAACACCAGGGAGAUUUCCUGCGCAAGGAACACUUGGGCGAUUCCAUGUACAAGGAACACCAGGGAGAUUUCCUUCUCAAGGAACACUUGGGCGAUUCCAUGUACAAGGAACACCAGGGAGAUUUCCUGCGCAAGGAACACUUGGGCGAUUCCAUGUACAAGGAACACCAGGGCGUUUUCCUGCGCAAGGAACACUUGGGCGAUUCCAUGUACAAGGAACACCAGGGAGAUUUCCUGCGCAAGGAACACUUGGGCGAUUCCAUGUACUAGGAACACCAGGGUGUUUUCCUUCUCAAGGAACACUUGGGCGAUUCCAUGUACUAGGAACACCAGGGUGUUUUCCUUCUCAAGGAACACUUGGGCGAUUCCAUGUACUAGGAACACCAGGGAGAUUUCCUGCGCAAGGAACACUUGGGCGAUUCCAUGUACAAGGAACACCAGGGAGAUUUCCUUCUCAAGGAACACUUGGGCGAUUCCAUGUACAAGGAACACCAGGGAGAUUUCCUGCGCAAGGAACACUUGGGCGAUUCCAUGUACUAGGAACACCAGGGAGAUUUCCUGCGCAAGGAACACUUGGGCGAUUCCAUGUACUAGGAACACCAGGGAGAUUUCCUGCGCAAGGAACACUUGGGCGAUUCCAUGUACAAGGAACACCAGGGUGUUUUCCUGCGCAAGGAACACUUGGGCGAUUCCAUGUACUAGGAACACCAGGGAGAUUUCCUGCGCAAGGAACACUUGGGCGAUUCCAUGUACAAGGAACACCAGGGAGAUUUCCUGCGCAAGGAACACUUGGGCGAUUCCAUGUACUAGGAACACCAGGGAGAUUUCCUGCGCAAGGAACACUUGGGCGAUUCCAUGUACUAGGAACACCAGGGAGAUUUCCUGCGCAAGGAACACUUGGGCGAUUCCAUGUACAAGGAACACCAGGGUGUUUUCCUGCGCAAGGAACACUUGGGCGAUUCCAUGUACUAGGAACACCAGGGAGAUUUCCUGCGCAAGGAACACUUGGGCGAUUCCAUGUACAAGGAACACCAGGGAGAUUUCCUGCGCAAGGAACACUUGGGCGAUUCCAUGUACUAGGAACACCAGGGUGUUUUCCUUCUCAAGGAACACUUGGGCGAUUCCAUGUACUAGGAACACCAGGGUGUUUUCCUUCUCAAGGAACACUUGGGCGAUUCCAUGUACAAGGAACACCAGGGAGAUUUCCUUCUCAAGGAACACUUGGGCGAUUCCAUGUACAAGGAACACCAGGGAGAUUUCCUGCGCAAGGAACACUUGGGCGAUUCCAUGUACUAGGAACACCAAGGAGAUUUCUUGCAGAAGAACACAAACGGGAUUUCAUGUACAAGGAUUCCCGAACGAUUUCAUGUACAAGGACACAAGGACGAUUUCAUGUUCAAGGACACAAGGUCGAUUUCAUGUACAAGGACACCAGGACGAUUUCAUGUACAAGGACACAAGGGGGAUUUCAUGUUCAAGGACACAAGGUCGAUUUCAUGUUCAAGGACACAAGGUCGAUUUCAUGUACAAGGACACAAGGUCGAUUUCAUGUACAAGGACACCAGGUCGAUUUCAUGUACAAGGACACCAGGACGAUUUCAUGUUCAAGGACACCAGGUCGAUUUCAUUUUAUCUGCGAGUCAUUGAGUUCGCUCAAGGUACCAUGGCCUAAAAUUGGUCCGUACUUUGAGCGAUUCUACCUGCAUUUACUGCAGUGGAAAAGAAACCAAAAGGGAUUCCGUCUUGGACUUUAUUGUUUGAGAUGGAGAAGCUCCAAUACAUACCAACAAGUCAGUAGCCUUCACUCCCUGGAAAAGGUUAUUGGAGGGACGUUGGAUAUUGGCUCUCCGGAUUUUGUCCUUCGGGACAUGUCAAGAUUGUCACAGAAAGAACUGGACAUGAGGGACGAACCCGAAGCAAAGUUAAGGUGCCUAAGUAAAUGCUAUGCUGUUCACUUGGGUGUCUCAGACACCUGUCCCGAGCAGUUUGGCAUUAAAGCAUUUCACCGAUACUUUGCCGUCAUGGUAAAUUUGAUGCCAUGCCGAGUAGGCAGGAAUGAGGGUUGUUGA